CGUUCGACUUAAACCUGGAACUGAAUGUGGAAGAAAAUGAACUUGCACCAAUGGCGUAUCUGUUGCCCUCUCUCAUUGGCGUGCUGGUCACAAGUGUCACUAUUCUAUCAGUCUACUUCCUCAUGAAGAGAAUUUGCAGAACCAGAAACAGCCCUGAUCAAAGACAAGACAGUAAUACAUGGGAUCAGCUGAAAGACAUGCCACAUAUGCGAAACAACUCCCAACAAGUGGCGAUGAGUUCCGGCAACUUCCCCAUAGAAGUCAGCACAAGUCAUCAGCCGCCAUCAUGCUCCAUUAAAAUCAACAAUCUCGAGAGAGCACAGAACAACCGAGAUAUAGUUCGUAACAACCGCAACUCCACAGUACCUGAGAAAUGGGCGCGGGAGAUAUUAGAACCAAAUUUGGUGUCGCACCAGCAGCACAAGCAGACUAAGUGUGAUGCGAUCAAGUUAAAGGAGAUGAUCAAGGCGGACUUAGAGCGGCAUCCCGACAUGACUGAAGAAGAGGAGUUCGAAAUGACUGUCAGGUGUUACCAGCUUCGCGACGAGUUUGGAGACCCGACUUUUGUUCCCCUUUUUAGCGGGCUCAACUCACCGUUUAACAAAUCCUCGAAUGUUUGAAACUAAUACAACCCAAAGCACCCGUUAAGGUUUCGAACUAUGUCAAAAACUAUCUUAAUUAUUAUCAAAACAGUUUGAAUGAAAAGUCGUACAAAACUUCAGAAUGAAAAUGGGUUUUAUUGUGGUAAAAAUGAUUGCCAUGAAUUGAAUUUUGAUGAAGUAAAUUGCUGUAGUAUGUUCUAUUUUUGUAAAUACAUUCUUUUCCACUAUUGCUUAAACUAAUUUAU